AUGUCUUUUUGGGAGAGAGACUCGAAAACGCUUUGUGCAGAGUCGCAUUCAAACAUGUACUCCCGCUUACGACCAGGUCAAAUGACCAAGUCUACUAUCAUCGUUCUCACUGGAGGAGUGCUAGGGUAUGGAGCUUUAGAACUACUUUGGGGAUCGGAAAAUUUCUACAAUAAAGCGGUGAUGCCUGUCAUUCACAAAUAUACUGAUGAAGAAAAAGCUCACAAUCUGGCGAUUCGAGUAGCUUCUUGGGGUCUCAUACCACGAUUUGGGCCAAAUCGAAAAGAAUAUCCUGAACUGGAAUGUGAGUUUCUCGGAAGGCAUCUGAAAAAUCCCAUAGGAUUGGCUGCUGGCUUUGACAAGAAUGGUGAAGCAAUUCGCCCUCUGGCUAAAGUGUCAGGCUUUGGGCUUGUAGAGAUAGGAACUGUAACACCUAUACCACAACCGGGGAACCCGAGGCCGAGAGUUUUUCGACUACUUGAAGAUCAGGCCCUUAUAAAUCGUUAUGGAUUCAAUAGCGAUGGUGCUACUAAAGUCCAUAAACGUGUGAAAGCUGCUCGAGCGAACUGGAAGGAUGGAUUUGCUGCAUUUGGCGUCAAUUUGGGCAGAAACAAGGUCUCUACAGAUAAUGCGAGCGCCAGGGUGGACUAUGAAAUAGGAAUCAACCACUUUGCUCCGUAUUGUGAUUACCUCGUUAUCAAUAUUUCAUCUCCCAAUACGCCCGGUCUGCGAUCUAUGCAAAGAAGAGCUGAUUUGGAACAGUUGCUGCUUCACACCAAAUAUGUGCUUGAUCAUAUGAAACUGGAGUCUCCACCUAAGAUGUUACUCAAAAUUGCUCCAGAUCUGAUCGAUUCUGAGAAGAAGGACAUAGCAAAGGUGGUUCUAAAUCCAAAAUAUGGUAUUGAUGGAUUGAUAGUGUCAAAUACAACGAUAUCGCGACCAGGCAGUCUCGUUAGCGACAAACGUGCCGAAAGCGGGGGUCUUAGUGGAGCCCCGUUACGCGAGAUGAGUACUGAAUGUGUACGAGAAAUGUAUAAAUAUACCAAAGGUCAAGUACCCAUAGUUGGUUGCGGUGGUAUUGCGAGCGGACAGGAUGCCUAUGAAAAAAUUCGUGCUGGUGCAUCAGUAGUGCAGUUUUACUCUGCUUUAGCUAUGCAAGGAUUCCCAGUCAUAGGAAAGAUAAAACGAGAACUAGCUGAGUUAUUGAAACGCGAUGGUUUAUCUAAUAUUACGGAAGCAGUUGGAGUUGACCAUCGGGUGAAACGAUAA